AAGAGUAAAUCUUUCUCAAAUUUACCAACAACAAUUUAGUAACUGGAUUAAUUUGUUUAUUAUUGUAGUUUGUUGUAUGGUAUACUAACAUCAUGAAAGGAUUGCCUGAAAUCUGAUUUCUACUAUAAAAAUAUCGAUUUGGCAAGUUUGAAAAACUGGAGGAAACCAAUUUGAAGGAUUCCUCUAGAAUGAUGAAGUCGAAGCACAGUUCCAAGAAAGGCAUUGGUGGAAAACCACACAGAGAUCAUGGGAAACCAUCAUACGGAAAUGGUAAAGCAAAAGAUUCCAAAAACAAAGCACCUGAUUCUCCUGAAGAGUGUGCUCUGUCUUUUCCUGAUCUCCGAAUUGUUGAAAAAAAUCAACUUCCAACAUACUGCCAAGUUCUCAGCCGCAGUAGGGAAGAGGGAGUUGGAAUGGAAGAUCUUGACAGACUUCAGUUGGAAUUGGAAUCCCUCCUGACAGGCGUGGCCGUCAGAAUACGAGACUUGAACAAUGAAAUUGCUACUUUGAAUAUUGCUGAAGAGAGGCGGGACAAGAAAAUCAAACUUGCUCUGACAUCCAAAAAGAAGGAAGAGGACAGGAAGAACCGGGACCCAAUGGGGAAGUCUAGACCUCGAGUUGGCACUUUGGAUGAUCCCAGUGUUUUGGGGUCCCCUGAUUUACUCAGCACCACUGCAUCUCUGGAACCACCAAAACUACUCAUACCUAAAAAUGAUACUCCUAACAAGUUUUGGUUGUCGGUGGAGCCAUAUUGUGCAGAGACUACUGCUGAAGAUAUUAAGUUUUUAAAAGAGUUGAAAGCAACCUGUGAAAAAGAAGCGGAAAUACAAAAGAUACCACCAUUAGGACGUCAUUAUACUUUACGCUGGGCUGAAGAAGACUUGCUAGAUGAACGAGACUGUUCAUCUACCACUAAACUGAAAAGGAAACCUUCUGACGAUGUCAAGGAAAUGUUGAAGAAAGCAAGUAAAAUUGUAAUUCGUGACAGAGUACCUGGACCUCUAGUGCAACGGCUUGUAUCUGCUCUUGUUGAAGAAAAUUACGUUUCCCCUCUCAAAGAGUCGGUUUUAGUAAAUAAAUUGAACAAAAUCGGAUCAGAAUCUGACACAGGUGAACCGCAAACAAAGAAGACCAAACUUGAAGAUCCUGGAAGUCCUUCUGAAAACAAAGGUGAAAAUGCAGUUCCCAACUACUUAAGAAAACUACCGACAUAUCACACAUCUGCAUGUUUUGAGCUGAGAAUUAGGAAAGAGUUGGAAGCCUCUGGCUUUAUUGAUCCUCAAGACUACAAGGAAGAUAAUGAUGAAAUUCUGGCUGAAAUAAAGAAGUGUCAAGAGGAACUGAGAGCCACUGCGUUGCACACUGUGGAGCAGCUGAAGAGACUGAUCAAACUGGCUGAGGUGGAACUUGAGAAAUCGGAAGUGCGGAAGAAACUGAAAGCGGUGGAACAAGAGGUUGUGGAAGUAUCACGGAAGAUACUGAUAUUAAAGCAGAAGAAAAAACCUAUACCAGAAAAAGAACAGGAAAGUGCGUGGAAACUCCUUAAUGAAAGAAAAACUCUAUUGAAAACACUAGAAUCAAUACAUUAGUAAGUUAAGAGAAUCAAAAAGUGAUCACUGUAAAGAACUUGAAAAGCUAUUUAUUGAAGAAACUAUUGCUUUCAAUUGUGUUAUUUUGAACACAGCACAUCUUUAAUUUACAUUUAGAUUUUUUUGUGGUCAGUGUUGUUUUCUUGCAUCUUUUUCAAUGCACUGUGUCUAUUUAUCUUUAGGUCAUACAUUUUGUUUUCAAAAAUUUUCUAGAAUGAAUAAGUGGCAUUGAAUGUGUAAGAGAUCGCGUUAAAAAUAUAAUGUAAAGGUUUAUAAGUCAAA